AUCUUAGCGUGGUCAACCUGAAGGGUGGAGUUAGGUAUAAAAACUGUCAGCCACCGGUGGAUAGAUAUCAUUCGCAGUUCAGAAUUUGUUGCAAAACGUUAGUCGAUUCUUAUAUUUAGAAUAUCUUUCGCAUUCAAAAAUGGCCUUUAUCAAAUCCGUCGUGUGUCUGGCUGUCCUCGGAGUUGCCGCUGCUGGUGUGGUUCCUUAUGCCGCUGAAUACAAGGGAGAUUACUAUGCUCACCCACAGUACUCCUUCAACUACGGCGUCCAUGACGGUCUGACCGGAGACGUGAAAUCUCAGGUUGAGAGCCGUGAUGGAGACGUUGUCAAGGGACAAUACUCGCUGGUCGAACCCGACGGUUCCGUGCGUACCGUUGAUUACACUGCCGAUGACCACAAUGGAUUCAAUGCUGUCGUCACCAAGUCUGGCCCAUCGGUCCACGCUCCAGUUGCCGUUGCCCAUGCCGCUCCAGCAGUCGUAGCUCAUGCUGCCCCAGCUGUUGUAGCUCAUGCUGCCCCGGUCGUGAAAACUUAUGCCGCUCCAGCUGUCGUAGCUCAUGCCGCCCCAGUUGUUAAGACCUAUGCUGCUCCAGCCUACGCCCAUGCUCCAUCAGUGUACGCUGCUGCUGCUCCGGCCGUCUACGCUUCCCAUGCCCCAGCUGUCUAUGGACAUGCGUACGCCCCAGCUGCCUACGGAUAUGCUGCCCCAUCGUACUACCACUAAACCCGAACAUGACCCGAUCUGAUCCCAUCUCUACCCCCGAAGUACUGCCACCCAUUAUUUAUUUCAACCUUCCUUAAUCUUCGCUCAAAUAGUUCCUCUCGACUAGUACUGCUACAGAUUUCACCGCACAGAUAAAUGGCUAAUCACAGCGGCCGAGAGGAAACACUCAGUUUGAGAAUUGCAUAUCUGUAUAUAAACGAGAAGACGACUCUAGCGCUGCCACCGGUUCUGAAACGUGAUUGUUUUUUAAUGCAAUCGCGAAAUAGAUUUUAGUCAAGCGAUUCCAUAUGCCCCUAGCGCCAACUGCGUAGCCCCAGCGGAAAUCAACUUCCCCUUGGGUUACUAGGAGUCUACGUGUGACCGCACGCAUUGUAUUGUUACCGGUGAGAACGAAAGGCGGGGGCUUAUGGAAUCUAGUUCUAUCUAUUUUGUUUUCUAUGAUUUCUUUACGGACUGGCCGAUUUUCGACGGCAUACAAAUGAUGAAGAAAAAAAACUGCGACUUCACAAUUCCAAUACUCAUAUGUACAUUCAAUUAGAUGUUUGUAUUGACCAUGAUGAAAGCGAACGGAAGAACGAUUUGUACAGAGCUGAACGCUGAUGAUGAUAUUAAUUUUAACAUAAUAUAAAGAUUUAGUAGAAAA